AUGGCUGGAACGUUAUUGGCGCUGACGAAGGCCCAACGGAGGUUGUCAUUAAGGCAGGCAUGGCGUGAUAGUCCACAAAAGUUGCGCAGGGGCAGCGAUGGGGUGAGACCAAGCAAUUUAAUCAACAAAUGGCAAGCCGCUACCACAAUUAACUUAUCGAAAAUGAUGGAGACUCGGUAUUACGAAGGUUGCGGGCGUGAAGGCCCCAUACGAUGUAUCUUUUUGGGCGAGUUUCAUCCCGUAGCUGGCCCAAAAAUUGCUUGUCAGUUUCCAGAAGAUUAUAUAUCAAAAGAAGUAUUUGAUUCUAUAAGUGCCUUUAUCAUCCCUAAGCCUCAGAUACAAAGAUGCACAAUGACAAUAAAUGCUUUGGGCCAUAAAAUAGUGGGCUACCCCAUCCGGAUAGACAGCUCGCGCUACGAGCGGAACGCGUACCUCUUCAACCUCUGCUUUGUUUGCGACAGCUGGUCCAAGACUGUGCAGUACGAACCGGUGGUCAAGAAACUUGGAGAACAUUUGACCAUAAUGGAGGAAGAGACGCGUUUUGUGUCAAGCGGGGCGACGCGGUUGCCCACGCUGCUGGCGCACCUGCUGCACGAUCUCAACACGCAUCGCAAGUCAACGCUGGUCGAAGGUGACACGGUGAUGCACCUGAAGGUGGUGGAGGUGCGCGCAGAUCCGGCUCCGGUGCACGACCACGACGUGCCCGUGUUGGUGGCGAGCGUGGGCCCGCCGCGGCCGGGCGCCCCGGGCCGCCGCGCGCCCGGCCGCGGCGCGCCGGCGCGCGCGUCGCCCGCGCGCCGCGCGCAGGAGCAGCAUCUCGACAGCGACGUGCCCGUCGACGUCGACGUCAACGACGACUGGGAUCUCACUACCCGACAGAUCUUACCCCACGUAACCGGUUACAACCACGUGUCGAAGAUCGCGGCCGACACUAACGUCGAGAAGACGUUGGUUAAGUCUUGUAUUCAAAACCUUGUCUACUAUGGAGUGGUGACGUUAAUACCAGUGAUUAAAUUUACAAACAUGUACAGAGCUACUCCGAACCUUAGCCGGCUGUUCAGUGAUAAGGAAUUACAGAAGUCGUGUUUGGCUUUCAUCACCAAAGGAUCAGACAGCAAGGAGAAGCCGACGAUAUCCGACGUGCUGGAGAUGCUGUGCGCGCUGCAGCAGGGGACGACGCUGCGCGCCGUGUGCGAGCGGCACGCGGCGGGCGCGCGCGCCGCCUUCGACGUGCGCCGCCUCGUGCUGUACGCGCAGCUGCACGGCCUCAUCAAGUGCCUGAAAAGGUUCCCGGUGUACAUCCGCACGCCUCCCCGCGGCGCGGGGUUCGGCCGCGGGGAGGCGCUGGGCAUCCGCGCGCUGUUCACCGGCCGGCACUGCGCCGACGAGAUCUGCUGCCUCGCGCGCAUCGACCUGCCCACGCUCGACCAGAUCAUCGAGGACGACCCCAACGUCGCCGUCAUUUGGAGAUAA